AUGAGGCCUAAGAUUGUGGAUGUAGGGGUGACAGAGGAUUACACACAGUAUCGGACUGUGAAUCUGAUUCCAUGCAUUUUAGAUCCAGCCAAGCUGAUACCAUUGUUUGAGGAUGAAAGGAGACAAUGGCGGAGGAGGAGAGGAGGCCAAGGAGUAGGAGGAGGAUAUGGAGGUGAUGGAGGUGAUGGAGGAGAGGGAGGUGGUAGAGGAGGUUUUGGAGGAGCAGGAGGGGGUGGAGGGGGUGGGGGUGGUGGAUUUGAGGGUGGGAUUGUUGAUGUUGACAGUAGGAUUAUAGGAGUUGUUGAUGUUGUUGGUGCUGCUGGUAGGAUUAUCAGUGUCAUUGAAUCUGCUACUGGGAGUAUCGGCGUUGUUGGUGCUACUAUUGUUUCUGAUGGAAUUAUCAGUGCUAUUGAUGUUGUCGAUGGUACUGAUGUUGUUGAUGGUGCUACUGCUUCUGCUACUGAUGGUUUUAUUAGUCUGGCUGGUGCAGUUGGUGCUACUACCACUACUGAUGGAAUCAUCAAUGUUGUUGAUGCUGCUGGUGUGAUUGAUGCUGAUGAUUUGAUGAUCAGUUAUGUUGGUAUAGUGGGUUUAGUUGGUUUUGUGGAUAUAAUCAAGGAGGGCCUCCUUGGAGUAACUGUUUGA